AGUCACAGAGAGGCAGAGGUGUGAAUGAGUUAGACAGAGAAAGAAAGGCAGAGCUGGAAACUAAUAGCAGGUUUUCCGUUUCAUAUCGUUUGUGCUAGAAUUGAAAGUGGGAAAUAGAUUACAACAUAUCCGGGCGAGAGAGAGAGAGAGAGAGAGAAAGAGAAAAGAAUAGAAUAGGAGAGCACCCUGUAAUUUCUUUUUUAUAGACGGGUUUGCCAAACGUUUCAGCCCGAGUUAAGCAGGUUCUCUAAAGGGACACCGAGGAACGCGGGUUGCAAUGAUACGGGUUUUGGUUACAUUGCUCUCCGUGGUGUCCAUCACCGGGAUGGCGGAAGGCGCUCGUGCGGUGCACGGAAUGAGUAUGUUCGCGGCUCAAUCCUCCCCUCCGGACCCGUGUUACGAUGAGAACGGCAACCCCAGACGAUGCAUCCCCGACUUCGUGAACUCCGCGUUCGGCAAGGACGUGCGCGUCUCCAGCACCUGCGGCACACCCGCGUCCAGGUACUGCGUGGUGACCGAGAAGGGCGAGGAGAGAUCUCGAGACUGCAACAUCUGCGACGCCACGGAUCCCAAGAAGUCCCAUCCACCCGCUUAUCUGACAGAUCUCAACAACCCUCACAACCUUACGUGCUGGCAGUCGGAGAACUACGUGCAGUAUCCCCAAAAUGUCACCCUGACGCUGUCCCUCGGUAAGAAAUUUGAGGUGACAUACGUGAGCUUGCAAUUCUGCUCGCCUCGGCCCGAAUCCAUGGCCAUAUUCAAGUCUAUGGAUUACGGGAAAACUUGGGUCCCCUUCCAGUUCUACUCGACCCAGUGUAAGAAAAUGUACAACAAGCCCAGCAAGGCGGCAAUAACGAAGCAGAACGAACAGGAGGCCAUCUGCACGGAUUCGCAUACAGAUAUGCAACCGCUGACAGGUGGGCUCAUUGCGUUCAGCACCUUGGAUGGCAGACCGUCGGCGCACGACUUUGACAACUCUCCUGUCCUGCAGGACUGGGUCACGGCCACCGAUAUCAAGGUGACGUUCAAUCGUCUCCAUACUUUCGGGGAUGAAAACGAGGACGACUCGGAGCUCGCCCGGGACUCGUACUUUUACGCGGUGUCGGACCUGCAAGUCGGUGGUCGGUGUAAGUGUAACGGCCACGCGUCGAAGUGCGUGAAGGACCGGGAUGAUAACCUGGUGUGUGAGUGCAAGCAUAACACGGCGGGACCGGAGUGCGACAGGUGCAAACCUUUUCAUUACGAUCGGCCAUGGCAACGAGCGACGGCCAGAGAGGCGAACGAGUGCGUCGCCUGUCACUGUAACCUUCACGCCCGUCGCUGUCGCUUCAACAUGGAGUUAUAUAAGCUAUCAGGGCGAAGAAGUGGAGGUGUGUGUCUCAACUGCAGACAUAAUACUGCCGGACGUCACUGCCAUUACUGUAAAGAAGGCUACUACAGAGACAUGACCAAAGCCAUCUCACAUAGACGGGCAUGCAAAGCCUGCGAUUGCCAUCCAGUCGGAGCAGCCGGUAAAACCUGUAACCAGACAACCGGGCAAUGCCCGUGCAAAGACGGCGUGACUGGCAUCACCUGCAACCGCUGCGCUAAAGGCUACCAGCAGAGCCGCUCGCCCAUCGCCCCUUGUAUCAAAAUUCCCAUUGCGGUACCUACAGCGACCUACAGCAGUCCAGAAGAACCCACAGACUGUGACUCGCACUGCAAGACCACCAAGGGCAAGAUGAAGGUCACCAUGAAAAAAUACUGCAAAAAAGAUUUCGCGGUCCAGGUUCACGUGCUGAAAGGAGACAAGGCAGGAGAAUGGUUGAAAUACACCAUCAACAUCAUAUCUGUGUAUAAGCAGGGUGGAAACCGCAUCCGCAGAGGAGACCAGCUCCUGUGGGUUCGUGCUAAAGAUGUGGCGUGCAAGUGCCCGAAAAUCAAACACGGCAGGAAGUACCUGCUCAUGGGCUCGGAUGAUGACGACUCCCGCAGUCAAAGCGGCGUGGUGGCGGACAAAACCAGCCUGCUCGUUCCAUGGAAAGACCUGUGGGCUCGUCGGCUCAGAAAAUUCCAGCAGCGCGACAAAAGAGGAAAAUGCUAAAGGAAAAACGAGAGAGAUUAAAAACAGGAGAGAAAAUAUUGACCCCAGGCACCUACAUGUUGUAUGGUUGUUUGAUGUGAACUGCGCUGGAGGACAACCCGUUCUGCAGUUUUGCCUUCCGUUGUUUAUCGUUUUUCCCAUCAAGAUUUUAUUUUUUCAUAUCUUCAAUUUUGCAGAAUUUGCACCUACUUUUAAGUAUACAUGUCUGUAAAGUGGUUUAUGUGUGAACCGUACUGGUGUCUCUGUGAUUUCUGUCUUUCACGAAGGAUGAAAACGAAAAAAAAAAGCUACUGAGUCAGUUUAUCUGUGUGAAAGCGCAAUGUCGGUGUGUUGGCUUAUAAGAUGGUCUGAAUAUUUCAAAGCUCACCUUACAUGCAGUGGGGUCCGAAAGUCUGAGACCACUCGUGAUGACAAUGCUACAAUUUUUCCUAUUAAUAAUACUAGUAACAUUUUGAAUAAGUUAAAAGCAAGUUAGCAAGAUUUGUUGGUUCAACAAAAAAAAAAAAAAUAGUUACCUGGUUGCUUAUAAUUUUGAGUUAAUUUAACUUAAAAUAUUAGUAAAAAAAAAGUUGAGUUAAUAAUUGAAGGCAACCAGGUAACUUACUUUUAUAAGUUAAACCAAUUUUUUUUAAACUAUAUAUGCGUACUGCAGAUAAGUUUGUUCAACUUUUGCUAGAAUUUGUGCAAACCUGAUAAUCCAUGAUCUCAGCAAAUCUGAAAAGAAGAUAAAAGUAGUUUAACUUUUGGACCCCGCUGUAUGAUGUCUAGUUUCAGUAGGCCUGUAUAACAACUAAUCGCAACUAAUCGUUUGCAGAAUAAAAGUUUUUGUUUACAUCAUAUAUGUGUGUGUAUUGUGUAUAAUAAUUAUGUAUAUAUAAAUACACAGACACAUGCAUGUACAAUUUUAAGAAAAAAUAUUUGUAUAUAUUAGGUAUUCAUAUUUAUGUAUAAUAUAAAUUAUAUAUAAAUAUAAAAAUGUAUAUACACAUGUAAAUAUUUCUUAAAUAUAUACAUGCAUGUGUGUGUAUUUAUUUAUACACAAUUAUUAUACACAAUAAACACACACAUAUAUGAUGUAAACAAAAACUUUUAUUCUGCAAACGAUUAUUUGCGAUUAGUUGUUAUGCAGUCCUAGUUUCAUGAGAUUUUAUUUAGAAAGAACAAUAAAAAAGAUGCCAAUCUGUCAAGCCAAUACAUGCCAAAAUUAGGUAUAAGGUCAAACCUUUACACUUUCUCCGAUCUGUUGACAAUACCUCAAUGUCGCUGCAUUUUGAUUGGUUCAAAUGGCAUGACAUCACAAGGUUCAUUUGGUGCCAAAAGCUUUCACUUUUGGCCAUUUAUACUAACUGUGGUAAGUGUGGACUAGUCUAGAGUUUAGUUAAACAGAUAGAGUAUUAUUUUUAACCACUUUAUGAUUUUGAUUUGAAAAAAAUAAAUAUUUUUAUUACGAACAACACAUUUUCAUUACGCAAAAUCUUGUUACUUGUUUGCAAAAUUAUUGAGACGACUAAAAAUGUGGCCAGACUUUACUAGAGCUACUAAAUGUGAGUUCAGUGUUAAUGUUUAGUGUUAAAAUAAUGCAGGAUUUCUUUGUUCAGUGAUAUAACAGCAUUCAGAGCCUCGCCUUUUCCUGAGGCUGUUUUAAUUCACUUCCAGUAUUUUCAUUGGAUGCUAUUCACAGCUAUUUUUAUCAGUGUAUAUAAAACACAAGGUCACAUCCUACAAAAAAGAAAAAAAAGAAAUGAGAUACUGUAAAAUGCCUCUUAGUUUAUAGUAAAAAAAACUUUGUGUUAUCACUCACGCGGUACCUUUGUAUGUUCUGGUACUUUACUGCGGUGAUAUACUCUAAUGUUAUUUGUAUAGUUGUAUAGUUUUUUCCAUUUGUACAAUAUUUAGUAGAUUAUAUUCACAUGCAAUUAACCAUUUGUAUGCCAUGAACGUGAUAUUCUGAGAAGAUGAAGUUUAGUUUUUCUUUGUUUACAAGAGUUAAUAGUGUAUGAGGGGGUUGUACUAUAUGUAUGUGACAUAAACACACGCUUUGAAACUCUGACUGUGGCUAGAAAAUGACUAUAUGGUUUAUUAAAACGCAUCUAUAUGGUCUAUGGUCUCUUGGAGACGUUGUGACCUCACAUGUAGACUCUGACCAAUUUUCCUGCCUUUGGAAAAUGACUCUGUUGAACUGAUUUUUGAUGAAGACAUUUACAAAGUUCAUGGUCCUCUUGUAUAUGAUGUUUUACUGUAUACUUUGCAAAAACUGUGUAUUGUCCGUAAUUCAUACUAAUAUAUUAUGGUUCUCAUAAAUGAGCAUAUUUAAUGAUACAUGAACUCACAUGACGUGUUUUAUCUUUGGUUCCAAAUAUUGUACAUAUGAAGUAUUUUUAAAUGUAGCCACAAGCAAAACGUUAAUCAGAGAAAUGAAACUAAAUGCAAGGAAUAAUAAACAAUAAACUGUACAAUUGAAAAAUGUUUGUCUCCUAAAUAGUAUAAUAAUGACGUAUACUGAAAUUUUUAGUGAUACCAGCCAGAAUAGAGAGCCAAGUUAAACAUACGCAAAUACAUCAAAUGCC